AUGAGACUGAGAGAGAUAAAGUCUGAGCUCGGGGAGGCAGCCUCCUGGGGUGACUGUGCACUGGGGGUUCUGACUCAGCUAAUGAAGCUGCAGGAUGCAGAGGUCAUGGCGCUGAUCCUGGACCUGCAGGAAGUGCUGCUGCACCAUGGUGAGGCUCGUGAGAUUCCACAGGGAACCAGAGACAAUGUGAAGGGAGCGCAGGAGAGGCCAGCAGUCGGCAGUGACAGAGGGGAGCUCGGUAGUGAGUGCAGAAACUCCCUUGUCCGAGAGGAAAUCCCGUAUUUGGAGGUAUUACAUGACAGUCGUAUGCAAGAGGAGCCAUAUGGUGAAAGAGCCAUUGUAAAGGGAGAGGAUGGCCCAUGUGAAGUUCCUCUAUACUUUGAAAAACAAGGUUCUCUGAUCGCAGUGGCUUGGGGUAAACCAGCAGAGGAUGCCAAUAUCCAGGUAAUCUCUGAUGAAAUGAUGGAGUGCGAAGCAGCCCCUUCUCUAGGGCAGGAGGAGGUAAGUGAUGCUCCACACCUCCAGAUGGCUACUGAAGAUGCAGGUGAAGAUGAGGCCUCUGCCUUUUUCCAGUGCAGUCCUUGUGCUGCAGGACACCAGGUUGAGACAGACCAGGAAGAUGCCAGUGCUAGCAAGUUACCACUAUAUGAGGCCCCUGUGGAAGACAAGGAUGGGGAGCUGCAUGGGGAGAGAAUGGAUCCACAGAGGCCCUCAGGCAACAAGUCAGAGCCAGUCUUUUCAGAAUUUAGUCAGCUAGCUGGGGACAUCCAAGACCAGCCAACUGAAGAAGCUAUUUACACUGGCAUGUCACCCCCUAGUGGCCCUACUGUACAUGAAACAAGGCCUGAAGAUGAAACUGAUGAAGAGAAGAGUGACCAGACCAUGGAGGAUGCUUCAAAAGAGCCACAUUUCGACAUAGCAACAGACUUUUUUGACACGUGCAAUGGAAAAGCUGAACGGUUCCAGGAAUAUCCAACCGAAGACGCUGCAAGUACUGUUAAAACAGGGACCAAGGGUUACCAAAGGGAAGCAACCAUUACUCACAUCUCUGAAAUGGAGCGUGAGGAGACCAUGAAGAGUCUUGUGGACAUGCAAAGGAAAGCCGAAAACAAGUGUCAGCGAGACAAGGAGAGACAAAUGUUCAGGAUCCAGGAGCGUCUGUCUAUCAUCCAGAACAAGAAGUCCGAGGACGACCUUCUGGGACACAAACAGGGAGACAGCCUCAAGGAGCUCACAGAGAACUUUAAGCAGGAGGAUAGACAUCGGCAGAAAACCCUUGUUAAAGAGAAACUGGAACAACUGAGGCGAGAGCGCUCGCACGUCAUGCAGUCUAAGAGAGACAGGAACACAGCUGUAUUUAAGGAGCUCUUGGAUCCAGUGGUUCUCCAUAGACCUGAACAGGAAGACAUAGUGAAUUGUGAAAGUGUUCAUGCUCUGCACCAUCAAAUAGCUUAAAGUUGUGAAUGUGCAAGUCCCUCUGGUGGCAAGGGCUGUAAGAAGAGGAGAUGAAGUCACUGCCAGUCUGCUACUACAGAGUCUUCUAAUGAUAUUCAUCCUGGCUUUUAUCCUCUUUCAUAUGACUCACCUUUCCAAGGCCUGUUGACACUCCUUCCUAUAAUGUGUCAUUAUAUACACCUCCGUGAAAACGUAGCACAGUUCUCACUAUUAUUCGGUUCAGUUGCCUUGGUCUAAUUUAUUAAAUGCAUCAAUGUAAUUCUGCUCCGGAGCUGUUUAAUUUAUCACAGAGGUCUCAGACACACGCAAAAUGGUUGUCUUUUAUUGCAGUAAAUUCUUUUAGUUAUAUCGGGCAGAGAAGACACUUGCAUUAGAUUGUAUCGUUUAUUUAUUUUUUUAGUUACAAAAACCUUUUUAAAAAGUCUGACAUCUUUCGAAAUAUUUUAUGUUUUGUGCAUAUGAUACCAUGAUAUUUAUUACUUUUAUAUUCUUAGCAGGAGAAGAGGAACUUGGACAGAGAUUAAAAUAAAUAUUCCUGAACUAAAGAUGGUGCUUUACCAUCUAAAAUUCAGGAACUAUGACUUUUAAUGAUAUAUCGGUUGAUAUCUCUCUUGUAGAAAAAAGCUAGAUUGUACUGCUGUUUGUUGGCUUUCCUGUUGAAACUGGAAGAGCCAGAGAUCCUCUCUCAUUCAUCAUUUCUUGCCGAUCCCAUAUGGAUUUCUGGUCAGCCCUCCUGCCUUCUCAUCUCCAUACUGUAAUGAGGACUCCAGAUUUGUCAGAGCACAAGUGGGGAGGAUGCACGAGCGAGGUGGUGCCAACAUUAGUAUAGUGCUGUUGAAAGUGACAAGUUACAUUCAAUCAUUCUGUGUCAUAAUGAUUUGCAAUAAAAACUUUUAAAUUUGUAAA